CGCUAGGGCCCGCCCCUGACCGCGCCACCGCCGCCGGGCGAUAAAGGUCUCUCGGCGGAGCUCUGACGUCACAGCGAGUUAAUUUUAAACCCGGACAAGAUGGCGGAAAGGGACGCGGCGCGGCGCGCGGGCCCGGCCCGCCAACGGCCCGCACCGGCAGGUAAGCAUUAUGAGGAAGAAGAGGAGGAUGCCCUACCCGACUCGGAUGCCCUGCCAGACUCGGAUGAUGAGGUGGAUUUGGAUAAGCCGCGCCCCAUACAGAUUGUUCUUGCUCAUGAAGAUGACCAUAACUUUGAAUUAGAUGAAGCAGCAUUGGAAAAAAUCUUGCUUCAGGAACACAUCAAAGAUCUUAACAUAGUAGUUGUGUCUGUAGCAGGAGCUUUCCGCAAAGGAAAAUCUUUUCUGCUGGACUUCAUGCUUAGAUACAUGUAUAACAGGACUUCUCCUUGCUGGAUAGGUGGAAACACUGAGCCAUUGACUGGGUUUACAUGGAGAGGUGGAUGUGAACGGGAAACCACUGGCAUACAGAUUUGGAGUGAAGUAUUUGUAAUUGAUAAGCCCAAUGGAACAAAGGUUGCUGUACUGCUUAUGGAUACCCAAGGUGCCUUUGAUAGCCAAUCCACUAUCAAAGACUGUGCAACGGUUUUUGCUCUGAGCACCAUGACGAGUUCUGUCCAGGUGUACAACUUGUCCCAGAAUAUUCAGGAAGAUGACCUUCAACAUUUGCAGUUGUUUACAGAAUACGGAAGACUAGCUAUGGAAGAGAUUUACCAAAAGCCAUUUCAGACACUAAUGUUCUUAAUUAGGGACUGGAGUUAUCCUUAUGAACAUGCAUAUGGCUUGGAAGGAGGAAGAAAGUUCCUAGAGAAAAGAUUGCAGGUAAAGCAAAACCAACAUGAAGAGCUACAGAAUGUAAGGAAGCAUAUUCACUCCUGUUUCAGUAAUCUUGGCUGUUUCCUGUUGCCCCACCCUGGUCUUAAAGUUGCGACAAAUCCAAAUUUUGAUGGGAGGUUGAAUGAUAUAGAUGAGGAUUUUAAGAACGAACUGCGGAAUUUGAUACCAUUACUGCUUGCCCCUGAAAACUUGGUAGAAAAAGAGAUUAGUGGAUCCAAGGUGACCUGUAGAGAUCUUGUAGAAUACUUCAAGGCUUAUAUUAAAAUCUAUCAAGGAGAGGAGCUACCUCAUCCGAAAUCUAUGCUGCAGGCAACAGCUGAGGCGAACAAUCUCGCUGCUGUGGCAGGAGCAAAAGACUUGUACAGUAAAGGCAUGGAGCAGGUUUGUGGAGGAGAUAAGCCCUACAUCGCCCCAUCGGACCUUGAGCGGAAGCAUCAGGAUUGCAAGGAGUCAGCCAUCAGGCAGUUCCGCUCGGUGAAGAAGAUGGGAGGGGAGGAGUUCUGUCGGCGCUACCAGGAACAGCUUGAAGUGGAAAUCGAUGAGAUCUAUGCAAACUUUGUGAAGCACAACGAUGGCAAAAACAUCUUUUAUGCUGCUCGUACCCCUGCCACUCUAUUUGCAGUCAUGUUUGCCAUGUAUAUAACCUCAGGACUGACUGGGUUCCUUGGUAUGAACUCUAUAGCUACCCUGUGUAAUCUCGUGCUGGGGAUGGCUCUUAUAUCGUUUUGUACUUGGGCAUACGUUAAGUACUCUGGGGAAUUCAGAGAAGUUGGAACAGCCAUUGAUCAGAUCGCUGAAGCUAUAUGGGAACAGAGGAAUCCCAGGAAGGUGUUUUCCAAACUCUUUGAAGUCCUUAGACGCCGAACGAUUCGCCGUGCUCUAACAUCAGUGCCGCGACAGCGACUCUCAUCCAACAAUAACAAGAAGAAAAACUAGCCAGUAUUUUUAACUUUCUUUCUGUAUCUGAAGUGUUCACACUUACACAUGUAGGACAAUAAGCUGGACCGUCUGGGCCGGUCUGCAUAAAUGCUGUAACCAUACCAGACUGCUGCUGCAUAUAGGGUAUGGAAUUGCACAUCCAUCUUCUAGGAACUGUAAAAUGGUUUGAAUUCAGUGAAAUACUGCUGUAUAGGAGGGAUAUCACUUGUGUCCAUAGCAUGUGACUGAUUCAACCUCGUUACUGUAGCAGCAAAACUCACUUCUCUUUCAGUUCAUGCCAGUUUGUGUCAGACUUCAGCAUUCCAAGCUUUUUUUUUUAAUUUUCAUUAUUUCAACUCUCAUCUCUUUGUAUGUUUUUAUAUUUUCUUUUCCUUGGUUACCUCAUUCUUUUGUUUCUUUUGCACGUUUCUCAUUCCACAGGUGUUGAAGCCCAUGAGUGAUAAUUUGAUGGAGGAUCAUAUGAGGCAGUCUGUAAAAAACUCUAUCAAAGCAAGCCUGGGCGAGCAGGUGUCUCACCAUGCCAGACUAAAGACAGACUGACACUUCAUCUCCUCUUCAACUCUGCCCUCUCAUCCUAGACAUGCUUGCUGUACCAUGAGAACUCAGUAAUUAAAGAAAUGAAUAAAUAAAAAUAAACCAAAGUUUACAAUCAACUGUAGAAGUAGUUUAGUGUGAUUGGCUUCACAGAUUGCUGCCAUCACCUGGGAGGAGUUAAGUUUGUCAGUGCUCUGCUUCUAAGACAAACUGGUGCCAUGGAGACGGCUGGGGGUGGGAGGGAGGGUGUCUGUUUUAUGUAUAGUCCUGGUGAACCCUGCACAUGUGCGUUUGGGGGGUGACAAGGAGGGAGGGAUCUGCCCCCCCUAUAUUUGAGCUGGUGCAGACUCUGGCUUACAGUGGGAAUCUGUCCUCUGCAGGAGGUAAUUCAGGGAAGUGUAACGAUCAGACCCACAUAAAGGGUGCUCUCACCAAACGUACCCAGCUCCACACCAUCCCCUCGCCACCUCUAACAAGAGUUUCUGCGUAUCAAGUCAGCGAAGCCAUUAGAGCCACCACAUUACAACACGUAUGUUGCUUUAUUGCCUUCUCUACCAGUGUUACACAAAUGCAUGUAUUGGUUCCUCACACUGCCGACAGCAGAACUGACUUGUAAGGGAGGCAGUGGGUCAGAGCAUACGGUGUCUUGCCUUGAACUCGCAGACCUGGUCCUGAGGGAGGUGCAUAUCAGAACUGAGCUGUCUUUUUCUGCAGUUUAGCCUUCGUGUAUAUAAUAUUGCCAUUAAUUCUACUGGGGGAGAAAUUCCAUCCAAAAAUGUUGCCUACAGCUACCAAGCAAUGAGUUAGGAUUGUCUGUACAGUGUGUUUAGUUUUUAUUUUUUAAGAAAUCACAGAUAGGGCAUGUAUAUGAAAUAUAAAUAUAUAAAUACGAUUUUGUAUCAAAGUUUUGUAGUUUAUGGCAAAACCUGGUUCUGUGGUAGCUAAAAGUGCAGUCCCUGUAAAGGAAUGUUUGUGGCUCAUGUAAAUGUGUGAAUGCAUCAACAAUUUGAAGUUUUUUGAUAUGUUUGUGAUAUUUACCUGCCUUGAGCACUGCAAUCUCUCACCCCCUUGGGAAAAAUCAGUGGGAAUGUUUGUUGUGAAACUCUUGUCUUCUGUUGCAUUUUAAAGUUAUUUCCUGUAAUUUAUUUUCAGUACAUGAUUAAAAUCAGUUGUGUAUAUAUGAAAUGAAAUCCGUGCUUAUUUUUAAAAGAUGUUCAAGUAUGUAUUCUACUACAUAAACUAUGUCAAAUACUUAUCCUGACAAUUAUAUGAACAAAUUGUCUAUUGUACUUCAUAGCUUUCUAUUGAAGCUGAUGUUCUCCUCAUGCUUGUCUCUGAAAGAUGACAUCUGUCUAGCUCAUACCCCCUCCCUGCAUAGGACAACUUUCUGGUAUUCUAAAGCACGCUUCUUGCCUUGUGGAGUUGCUUGUCAGCUUCUGCCCUCCAGCAACUGUAUCGUUCUGGAAUCUUGUUACUGGCUCUAUUUUCACUCUUGACUAAAUCAACUGUGUGGAGUGUAAAAGGCAGCUAAAGAAUUAACUGCUGUAGUUUCGGCUGGAAAUGACUGUGGGCAAUAGCUGGGUUUUUUUGCAUUCCUAAAUGGUAAUAAUUUCCAUCGACAUUUGAGCUUCAUCAGUCUCCCCUCUCGAGUGAGGGAAAUCAUCUGUCCAGGACUAAAGCAAUUGCACUGUGACUUUUGUACCAUAAAGGACUGCUGGGGAGUGGAGGUUACCUGCCCUCUGGAGAUGAGGGCUCAGCUCCAAGUGAAUGAUGCUAACGAUGAGGUAGGAAUGUUGCAUUUUAUGAUAUCUUCUCUCAAACUGUACAGAUUAAAUACUGUUAUUUAAACAAU